UGUUGAAGAAGGAGUCAUAGAGCGAAGCAGUCUCGACCCCAUGGUUUCCGAACUCUUGAUCCAACACCGCAUCCUUUGCUACCCCUCACUUAGCUGGCUCUUCGGCUGCAAUUGCCGAAUCCAGUAAAGCUGCUAUGAAGCUUUUGCUAUUUUGGGAAUAGAGAUACUUCCCGAAUGGGCGACGGGAUCGGAGUGAUUAUCUCUUUGUCUUUGUCAGUGAAGGGCGUACACAUUCUGCAUCGACAUCAUCAGGCAGACUCAGAACGGUGGUGAUGAUCUCUAACUGGUUUCUGAUUGACACAUUUCUGUUUGAUUUGCCACAUUCUGCGGGGUUGAGUUGCUAUGCUGCGUGAUCUAUACUAUAUAUUUGCAAGUUCCAGCUAGCAGCAAUCCUUUCAAUAUCCCAACUCUUUGUUUUCUCAUCCAGUUACAUUACCGAGCAUUCAACAAUCAUUCAUAAUGUCAGCGCUAAACCAAUCAGCCCAAGUUCUGAAAUCUCUCCAUCAACGACCACACAAGCCACUUGUUCUGGCCAACGUAUAUGACAUUCUUACCGCCAGAGCGGUUGCUGAACUUCCUUCUUCCGAAACACUUGCUACAGCGAGCUAUUCCGUCGCACAAGCUGCUGGCACCACAGACAAUGAUUUGACUCUUGACGAGAACCUUACUGCUGUAAAAGGCAUUGCGGCUGUGGCCAAAGAAUUCAACAAGCCACUUACAGUGGACUUCCAAGAUGCGUACGGUUCCAAGCUCGAAGAAGGAAUCAACAAACUCCUGGAUCUCGGCGUUGCUGGAAUCAAUCUCGAGGACUACGAUAAUACCACCCAACAGCUGAUGGACGCGCAAACCGCGGUUGAUCGCAUUCGACGCACUCUGGACGUGGCAAAAGAGCGCAAUGUUCCUGAUUUUGUUGUUAAUGCGAGAUGUGAUGUUCUGGUUCUGGGCGGUAAGAUGGAAGAGGUCGUCAAGAGGGGAAAGAGUUAUCUGGACGCUGGGGCUACGACCGUGUUUGUUUGGGGCGGCAAGAGAGAUGUUUCGAAAGCGGAGGUAGAACAUAUGGUAAAGGAAUUCGGAGGAAGACUCAAUGUUUCAUUGAAAAGAAGCGCGGACGGGCUGACCAUCAAGGAGCUUGCUGAUUUGGGAGUUGCCAGAAUCAGUAUGGGCCCAGCGCUGCAGAUCCUAGCCAUGAAAGCGUUCCAGGAUGAGGCAGCAAAACUCUUCUCACAAUUGUAGAUACUGAAAUGUAUUGACAUUGAUUUUUUUGCAUCAACAUUGAUAGUUUAAUCAAAGUUUCUAUUAGCGUUGG